AUGCUUCACUUGCAGGCAAUUCUUAGGCAACUGGGGCAAUUAGGUCAUGGAGGGGUUAUGAUCGACGAAGGCGACUUAGAACUUCAUGAGCAACUACAGUGUUUGUACAAAUCGACAAGGGCAGCCAAGCAUUUCCAGAGGGAUAUUGUUCGUGGGUUAGAAGGAUUCAUAUCGACAGGCAAAAAACAAAUGGAGAUAGCUAGGAAGUUGGCUGAAGAUUGUUGCAAGUAUGGUAUCGAAAAUCAAGAUUCUGAUUCUUCACUUGCAAGGGUCGCUUCAGGCUUUGGUACAUCUCAUGCCGCCAUUGAAGACCACAAUGAAAAAAUGCUUGGAGUUCUUGGUUACCAG